AAAACCUGAGAUGGCCGACCUCUGGCGUUUCACCUCAUGGAUGUAUCAUGUAUCACUUGUAUAUCUGUUUUCUUCUAAGUCAUUUGACACCCAACCUUUAUAGUGGAAGCCAGGCAACAAGGAGGUCUUGCAUGACAGUUGGGAAGGGGACACACAUCCAGGCUGUGGCAAACGUGGACCAUGACCUUCAUAGCCAAGACGUUUUAUGACCUGCGUGCUACUACGCUGGAGGGGGAUUCAGUAGAUUUUAACGUCUUCCGAGGACGAGUGGUGCUUAUUGAGAAUGUAGCGUCCCUCUGAGGGACGACCAUCCGGGACUACAGCCAGCUCAACCAGCUCCAGAGCAGGUACCCGCACCGGCUGGUGGUCCUGGGUUUCCCCUGUAACCAGUUCGGCUACCAGGAAAACUGUAAUAAUGGAGAAAUCCUGAACUGCUUGAAGCAUGUGCGCCCAGGAGGAGGCUAUGAGCCUGGCUUCACCAUAUUUGAGAAGUGUGAUGUGAACGGAGCCAACACUCAUCCCGUCUUCGCAUACUUGAAAGACAAACUCCCAUACCCAGAUGAUGACCCCACCUCCUUCAUGCAGGACCCCAAGUUCCUCGUCUGGAGUCCCAUCAAUCGGACUGAUAUCUCGUGGAACUUUGAGAAGUUCCUCAUCGGCCCUGAAGGCGAGCCGUUCAAGAGAUACAGCAAAAAAUUUGAGACCAUUGCCAUUGAACCAGACAUCCAAAGGUUGCUGAGGCUGACCAAGAACUAAUCAAAACAACCAUCUUCUCUAAGCUCAUUGCACAACUCUGCCUCGAAAUGUAUUUCAUGUAACGUUGGCACUGUGGCACCCUCUACCUUCUCUUAUUUUACUUGAUGAGGGUGAUGCUCUAAACUCCAAAGGGGUAUCAGCUGAGAUGGUGUAAACAUAAAAGAAAUGUAGAGGAUGCUAACAGCGACCUGCUGAAAAGCUUUAAUAAAAAAUAAAAAGUAAGCAGCAUUGA